CUUCAAAUUUCCAUAUUUUUCAUCAUGACUAGUACUACCAUUUCAUUCAACCACAACAACCAAAAACCAAACAACAUUCAUCACCAAAAAGGACUCAUCAUUGAAGAAAUUGAAGGACUCAUAAAAGUCCACAAAGAUGGAUAUGUAGAAAGACCUCAAAUUAUCCCCAACGUCUCAUGCAAUUUUCCAUCACAAAAUGGUGUCAUUUCAAGAGACAUUACAAUCAACAAAGAAACUAAUUUAUGGACACGUGUCUAUCUCCCAACAUCAACCUCUCAUAAUAACAAAAUGCUUCCUUUGCUUGUUUAUUUCCAUGGUGGUGGAUUUUGUGUUGGCUCUACUUCAUGGAUUUGUUACCAUGAAUUCUUAAACAACCUCGCUUCAAAAGCGAAUUGCGUUGUUGUCUCGGUUAAUUAUCGUUUAGCCCCCGAAAAUCGUCUUCCUUCUGCUUAUGACGACGCUUUCAAUGCUCUCAUGUGGAUCAAACAUGAAGCGUUGUAUAAUAAAAACCAAAGUUGGUGGUUGAAACAUUGCAACAUUUCUUCUCUUUUUCUAUGUGGUGAUAGUGCCGGAGCUAAUAUAGCUUACAAUGUUGUUGCUACGCGCUUAGCAUCAAAUUCAAACUCAAAUGCGUCGCAUUUGAAUUUGAAUCCGUUAUUUUUAAAAGGUAUUAUAUUGAUCCAACCUUUUUUUGGAGGAGAAGAAAGGACGAAUUCUGAGAAAAAUCUUCGUCAACUACAAAAUUCGGCGCUUAGUUUAUCCGUUUCAGAUACUUAUUGGCGAUUAUCGCUACCUAUUGGAAUUUCUGUUUCGCGCGAUCAUCCAUAUUGUAAUCCUCUUGCACCAAGUGGAAUAUCUAAGAUGAGAGAUUUGAGGGUUCCUUCUAUUAUGAUAUGUGUUUCGGAAUUGGAUAUACUUCGAGAUAGAAACUUGGAGUUUUCGAAUUGUUUGGUUAAAGCUGGGAAAAGAGUUGAGACUUAUGUUUAUAAAGAUGUUGGACAUGCUUUUCAAGUGUUGCAUAAUUAUCAACUUUCUCAUGUUAGGACUCAAGAAAUGGUGUCUCAUAUCAAGAACUUCUUGAAUCAAUAA